AUGCAGGCAUGGAGGGGGCGGGCGGGCGCUGACCUGGCGGUCGACGGCGUCGUGCGUGCAGAGGGCGUCCACCACCGCCUGCAGCGUGCGCUGGUUGCCAGCCAGCAGCGCGUGCGCGCGCUCAAACGCCGCAUCGUGCAGCUGAUGCCCGCGCAGGUGAGGGAAGGUGGGAGAGAGGAUGUGGUGAUUGUUCAGUUUCACCUACAUAUGAAGGUGUGGAUGGCAGCACCACACCGCAGAGAAGGAAUGAAGGAGAGUCGGGGAAGGGGGAAGACAGUGGAGUGGAGAGAGCAUGGAGAAUUUGCUCAACAGAGCAGCGGAAACAGAGCGGUGGGUGGCACUCACAGCAUGGUGGGUGGCACUCACAGCAUGUUGGGUGGCACUCACAGCAUGGUGGGUGGCACUCACAGCAUGGUGGGUGGCACUCACAGCAUGGUGGGUGGCACUCACAGCAUGGUGGGUGGCACUCACAGCAUGUUGGGUGGCACUCACAGCAUGGUGGGUGGCACUCACAGCAUGGUGGGUGGCACUCACAGCAUGGUGGGUGGCACUCACAGCAUGGUGGGUGGCACUCACAGCAUGGUGGGUGGCACUCACAGCAUGGUGGGUGGCAUUCACAGCAUGGUGGGUGGCACUCACAGCAUGGUGGGUGGCACUCACAGCAUGGUGGGUGGCACUCACAGCAUGGUGGGUGGCACUCACAGCAUGGUGGGUGGCACUCACAGCAUGGUGGGUGGCACUCACAGCAUGGUGUGUGGCACUCACAGCAUGGUGGGUGGCACUCACAGCAUGGAGGGUGGCACUCACAGCAUGGUGGGUGGCAUUCACAGCAUGGUGGGUGGCACUCACAGCAUGGAGGGUGGCACUCACAGCAUGGCGGGCGGCACUCACAGCAUGGCGGGCGGCACUCACAGCAUGGUGGGUGGCACUCACAGCAUGGUGGGUGGCACUCACAGCAUGGAGGGUGGCACUCACAGCAUGGUGGGUGGCACUCACAGCAUGGUGGGUGGUAGUACUGACCGCAGUGUGGGUUUGGAAGAUGAAGGGAGAGUCGUCGGGUCCCCAGCCCCACUCCAUGACCAUGCGCUCCGCCAGCUGAUGCCACGCACGUUUAGAAUGGUGGCAGGGAGGGCAGGCGCACGGGAAGGAGAAGACAGGGCAGCACAUGGGUAA